AGUGAGACAAAACGUAUGCGCCGCCCACUUUUGCUCGCGCUCAUAUGACGUCACGUACGUCAGCAGUAGACGUGAACUGCAUGAAGGUUAGUUAUGGCAUCUUCAGGGUAUUUUGGUGACGGUCCUCCGAUGCGCGAGCGUGACCCCUACUUCACCGAGGCCAUCAGCCAGAGGAUGCGCGUGCCCGAGCGGCUGAGGGUCGGUCCAGUGCCUCACGCGCACGCACAUGCAGACCAAAGACAUGAAGAGCUACCUGCUGCCUAUAGCAUGCACAUCCCAGACAGACUGGCCUUAACAGAUGCUCCUGAUCUGAGUCCACACCCUCUCUUCACUAAACACACUUCAUCAAUGUGGGACCUGCAGCAUGGGUCCUGGGACAGGGAGGGGUUCAUGAGAGAGCCUGUUCAGAGUCCACUGCGAAGGUCUUACAGUGACCAGGGAUUUGGUCGAACCCCACCUGGAACCCCCACACACUCCAGACAAACACUCCGCUCCCAUUCUCCUCGCAAUAUUGGACGUCCACCUGUCGUGCAUACACACCCGUCCCCACCAAAGCCCUCAGGACUCCCCUCCAUCCCACCCAACCUGCUGUCCCCUCAGAGCAUGCUGCAGGCUGCCAAGGAGCUGGGCCAGCAGGCAUCUCAGAAACUCCUCCAGACCGUCGCCACAAAAUACUCCUCCAGGUUUGGUUACCCAGAAAACCAUCCCUCUCAGGCUGUGGAGGUUCAACCUGAUCAAAGCAGGACAAGUGCCUCGCAGGAGUUCUGGCUCAGUCCUGAAGAGGACACAGGUACCGCUGUCGAGUUCAUGGUGCUCCGCAGACAGGUGCUGAAGAUGAGCAGGAGGAUAGCAGGGCUGGAGAGACAGAGCACAGAGCACAGACAGACGGAGCUGCUGCUGUUCUCUCUGUUACUGUCUGCCUGUCUGCUCAACGGCUGGCUGUGGAUGCGCAGAUGACUGCUCACACUAUAUAGACAGCACUAAACUACU